CACUCUACGCAUGUCAGCCUUUCCUGUAUCACUAGGUUGAGAUCCCUGGUGUUUUCCCCCCAACAAUACUUUGAAAGCUCACCGCGGACGUUCGGACUCGACGGCUAAAACAAUGUAUACCAGAGAACAUAAUUCCAAAUCGCGGAAAGGGGUCAUCAGGAUGGACCCGGACUGUGCCAUCUGCCAUGCUCCAGCCGCCCUGGCCUGCGAAUGCGAGGCAAAGGGCCUGGAAGUAGCUGUCAGGCAAGCCGAAAGCCGGAUGAUGCAGUCGAUAUACAAUGACAUACGCUCAUGGGUGCGGGCUCACGCACAGGAUUACAUCCUCGAAUACUUCCGGCUUCUAACGGAGCGGCGCAAAACCGCACAUGCCCAGCACCUCGAACGUCUCAACGCCCACGCAUACCACUACUACCACCAACCACCACACCCGAAUGAGAUUCAGGCCGCCCAGCAAAUGCUGAAGCGAGGCAUCGAUGAAGAUUGGCAAGCGUCUGUACAGCGCUACCCCGAGGUGCUCGAGUACUUCUACAGCCUGGUUGAGCUGACGCUACCCGACGACAACGAGCCCGCGGUCAAGGAUCCGCCUCUCAGCGCCCUGAGCGGGCCCCGGAAGGAGAGACGGCGUGUCGGUGCCGCCACGACCGUGGCGAGCGGGCCCAGCUUCGCCAGAGAUGAGAGAGAGUACGCUCCCCCUCCGCUACCGCGAGGCCGGACACCGCCGCCGCUGGAACCCGCGCGCGAAAGGAGGACGCCGGGGCCCGAACGUCGAGAGCGGAGGCAGUCCUUCCACCGGCCUGCGCCGCCGCCGACGUCUUACUAUCCACCGCCUUACCAUUGAAACGUCGUAACCACUUGACCUGUUCUUGAGGGGAGCCCGCUUAAACCUAGCCGGAUUGGUUUCCCUCAAG